AUGCGCAGACCCCCAGAUAAGGAUCGAAUUCGCAACGCGGUGCUCUCCGAGCGCGAUGUGGUCUCCUCGAAUGCCACCUUGAACGCGGUUUUUGGAGGAGCUCGACAGAAGUCGUGGAUGGUGGCAGCGGGAACCCCAGUCCGCCCCAGUCCGCGCCCCGGUCCAUCCAAGCCCGAAUCGUAUCAGGGCCCUUCGGCGCAGAGGCCAGGGUCGGGAGUGUUACCGUCGCCAGCUCCGAGUGACGAGUCCAGCCCAGCGCUCUCUGGCGCCCUCGCGAGUGGCCUGGCUUCCAAUAAUCAUAAUCAGAGGCAAACAUCUGCCCAUGAAAACUCGCGUGCGGUUGCGAUUAAUAGAUCUGUGGGGGUUGGAUCCCCGUCUGGCACUGCGAGUAGCCUUCAAGCUGCAGUUUCAUCGCCGCAUUCACCGUCACGACAACCUCAGCAGCAAGCUCAGCGACAACAAGAAGCCGAGCCUCAACCUCAACCUCAGCCCCAACUUCAGCUGGAUCCCCAAUAUCAGGCUCGGGGCCAAAAGGGCCCUCCCAUAAUUGCCUCGCCAACUUCAAGCGUUACGACCGCCAACGCGGCGAUCCCUUCCUCAAUAUUAGAUCAUACAGACGGGCCACACAAUGCGUGGUCUCCACCAGAAGUAGAGAUAGGAGGCUCUCGGCCGGAACGUCAAAUUCUUUCUCCCUCUCCGCUUACCUCUGAAUGUUCUCCCUCUCCACCGCCGGACAGGCAAGCAGGCCAAGCAUUACCCAAUAGUCAAGCGCAGCAAGGUGGUCAUCAACCUACGAGUCUAGACGGAUCCAAUAUCAUGUCCCAAGGGUGGCAAGCUUUCUCUCGACCCUCCCCUUCGACUGUCUUGCCUAUUUCCCAAGCUUCUUCGAGCCCACCGAUACAUUCAUCUACUCUACACGAACAUCAGCGAACAACUGACCCCGCCCUCCCGUCACUGAGACCGCUGAAAGGUCGAAUAGAGCAACAUAUCGAAUCUGUUGGUGGCAGAGAGAAUCUCAAUAAUGGUUUGGAAAGGCCACGAUUUCAACUCCUGCAGGACGCUUGUUGUAAAGAAGACUACUUCUACAUCGCGCUACAUCAAAUAUUUUGCACCUGGGACCUGCCUGGCCCUACUCGGGUCACGUCCAUUCCAGACUUUCCAAGUUCCAAGAUUUUAUUGACUUCAUUCAAGACACUUGGUAGUCUCAUUCGUGAGAAUGAUGGAUUGGCACCUAAUCAUAAAAAGUGGUUUGCACAGUUCCCGGGUCCCAUAGAAAUGUUAAUGAAAGCCUCGGAACCUUAUCGCCGGAACGUCGUAUAUGUGGGCAUUUUUCUCAGAACAUUACCUGCAGAGUGGAGGUCGUUGGCAGCAGCUUGUGCCAAUCGCGGCUACCCACCACUGGUUGAUGAAUUAGUGUCUCGCCUGGGAGUCUUAUCUCCGAUCUUACAGGACAUAAUGUUUACAGCUGCCCAGCGCAACCUAGCACUCGACGACGGUGUGCUCGGAGUGAAGAUUGUGGAGGUUUUCAAAAGAGACCGCCGGGAAUGGGAUGCUCUCCGUGCUCGAUGCCAUACUUCAAACCCACCAAAGGCAAACGAGCAAUCGGAUCGAAAUUUCCUAAUUGGGAACGAAUAUCGUAAACUUGUUGGCCAUAAGUUCCAUCAGCAGGGCCAUCCAACGGCAACUGGUAGGAGCCCUCUUGUUACUCGGAUUCCAACGCCCGUUCAUAGUAGCGCUUGUGUCCAGUCUCCCACAUCAGCUACCUCGCUAGGUGCCCAAACGCCAGCUAUCGGCCCGUGGUCGCAGAAUAACCCAAAUCCUAGCCUUAACGCACAUUGGGACUCAGUGCCGCAGGUUCCUCAAACAGGCGGCACCACUACAAAUGAUCCUUCAAUUAUUCCCAUUUCUGGAUUUGCACCCGGUAUAUUGGGCCAGCACGCUUAUACGGAUUUGUCAAGCCCAUCACCCGUGCAAGGACUCUCUGUACAGUCUCCUGUUCAGUUAUUUCACCCAGAUUUGAGUAGGAACGAUGGCCAAGUGGAAAUUGCCCGGGACGCAACCAGCAUCAUUCCUUCUAAUUCCAACGGACCUAUUCGUUACUCUCAAAUCCAAAAUUCCGAUCCAAGAAUGGAACAGAUGCAACAACUGUUUGUCCUCCAACAGCAGCAGCAGCAGCAGAAUGCCGCACGGCAAGCCCGGCAACACCUGCACAGGUUGCAACAGCAACAGCAACAACAGCAGAACGAGCAGGUUGGAGUGGGACCGCAGUAUCCGCAACACCAGUAUCCGCAACACCAGAUACAGCAAGUUCAGUUCUCGAACCCGACUCCAGAGAGACGUGGCACAGCCCCUGCGGUUGUCUAUCAACAGGCUAUCAACUCCAGAACGACUACUCUCCCCAGUAAUGAUCGACGAGCCACUGAAGUUGCCCCGUGGCCUCGCCCAGCAAUGCCAGGUCCUCCAGGUCUUAUGGCAGGGCAGGUCACCAGUAGUACUCGCCAAAAGCCAAAGCACCACCUCGAUCGCCCACUACUUCCCCCACUGCCGGCGGUACAGGCAACGUAUCCAGCAAACCCGAGUGUGUUUGCUUUACACCAAGCUCAUCUUCGGAGCCCAAUUCUUGCUGUCCCUGACAUUUCUUAUUUGGAGAAGGCUCAAGAUGACCCGUCACGGAGAUUUUAUCAAACCGUGAAGGACCUCAGUUUCGGACCCACCAAAAUCCUCGAAGACAGCCGGCUAACGGAGUUCGACUUUAAGUUAUCGGCGGACGAGCUUGCUCUAAUUCCGAGGGACGUCUUCACUGGGAGCGGGAAGCUGUCGAUGCGGGAGCUCAAACGAGGAUCGCUUCAGUAUCGAAUGCGCUGUAUCCAGCCGAAGUUAGAUAUACCUCUAAUUUCGGUCGCAGACUGGAUAGUAAGCGAUACUUCAUGGCCUGAAAGUUGUUUUUUAUCACUAAACCAAGCACCGUUGGAGAUAAGGCGCAAAACCCACCAUGGAAAGGACCUGCCCAUUGACAUUACGCAACAUGUUUUGGCUUCUGGAGAUGGUGCCGCAAAUCACAUCGCAGUAGCUAUUCCUCUAUGGACAAAAAGCAUGAAAGGCUCUAUCUUCGUCGCCAUCGAACGAGUUGAGCUCCUCCAGCACGGACAGAUCAUGGAUAUGUGUCUCCGGCAACAACGGAUACCGUAUUCACAAACUCUAGAUGCUAUUAAGACGAGCCUUGCCCCAAAAGAUAUCGACGAGGACUUAGCGAUCGUGGACAGCGACCUAGUACUCGGCCUUGCGGAUCCAUUCACUGCCCGGGUUUUCGAAAUCCCAGUCCGAGGUAGUAGUUGUUUGCACCAUGAGUGCUUCGACCUUGAAACCUUCCUCAUGACUCGCUCUGGCACACCUAAGCGACCACAGCAGCCCUGCAUGGCAGAUGUAUGGAAAUGUCCAUUGUGCGGAAAGGAUGCCCGUCCCUAUAGUCUACGGGUUGAUGAGUUUCUAAUGUCGGUGAGAGCAGAUUUAACAGUGCGGAAUGAAUUGGAUGUGAAAGCUAUUUUGAUUUCACCAGACGGGAGAUGGAGAUCAAAACCAGAACCACAAGGCAAGCGAAAAGCGACGGAUGAACCUGACGAUGACUCGUCCGAAGACGAAAGGGUCAAAAAGAGAGAUAUUUCUGCUAUCGCAAUGCAGCAGAAUAAAAACAAAAUGGUGGAGGUGAUUCAGCUAGAUGAUGACUGA